AAAAAAAAAAAAAAAAAAAAAAAAGCGGCAAGCUAAACACUGGUGAUGAAGGAAACCGCCUAAAAUAUCUUCUCUUGAUCGAAACUGAGAUAUUGAAGACUCGAUACCCUAAAUUCUCAAAUUUGUAAAAUGUUUUCAAUUGCUGCUAUCAACGACACUGACUCUAGGAAGCAAUGGGAACCCUUAGCUCCUACCAAAGAAGCUCAGGAAUUUCAUCUUACACAAACUUACCACGAAGGGCUUCUCAAGUUGCAAUCCAAAGAGUAUGAUAAGGCUCGUGAAUUAUUAGAAUCUGUAUUAAAAGAUCCUCUAAUUUCAAAUGCUCAGGUGGAUAGUAAUGCAAGCGAUGGCCAUCUGCAACAGCUGAGAUUUCUAGCGCUGAAAAACCUUGCCACUGUUUUCCUUCGACAAGGUUCUACUCAUUAUGAGAGUGCUCUUCACUGUUAUCUUCAAGCUGUAGAGAUCGAUACCAAAGAUUCAGUUAUCUGGAAUCAGCUAGGAACUUUAUCGUGCUCAAUGGGUUUGCUAACUAUUUCACGUUGGGCAUUUGAGCAAGGGCUUCUAUGCAGUCCUAAUAACUGGAAUUGCAUGGAGAAGCUAUUGGAAGUUCUUAUUGCCAUUGGUGAUGAGGUUGCCUGUCUUUCUGUGGCAGAGUUGAUUUUGAGGCAUUGGCCAUCACAUUCUCGUGCCUUGUAUGUAAAAAAUACAAUUGAAGAGUCCGACCCAGUUCCAUUUGCUCCUAGAGGUAUAGAUAAGCUGGAACCUAAACAUGUGCGGCUCAAAUUUGUUGACAAGAGAAAAACAACAGAUGAAAAUGUUGACGAAAGUACUGCCUGUAAGAAAUUGAAGCAGAAUAUAGAACUGUGCCUGCCUGAGGCUUCAUGGGCUGCUCUUGCAGAUGCUCUUCUGGAAAUUUUACUUCCACUGAACGGGCGCGAAUCUGAUAUGAGGAAUAGAAAAGAAUACAGAUCUGGGGAUGUUAGACUAACUUUACAUUUUUCUUCUUGUUUGGAUAUUCCUACGGGGUCAACUGAAAAUAAAGGGCUUAAACCCAUAGCUAGUGAAAGCCUAUCUGUUCGUGACUUUAACUCUGACAGAGCCAGUUUUGUCAAAGAAAGAGAAGCAAAUGCUUCUGAAGAACACAUUCAUGAGAGACGGAGCACUCGCCUGGAAAGGCUUAGGAGUCGUAAACCGGGAAAGGAAGAAUUAGAUUUUGCUGCCAGUAAGGAUCUAGCCAAAGCAGUACUUCAGUCUUUAGAACCUUUUAUCGUUUCUGGACUUGGAACCAAAUAUUCUGAUCAAGCAGCUAGUCAUUCUGUUUCAUGUCCUGAUCAGGCUAAUUCUUUGGAUAUGGAACAUAAUGAUGUCUCUGCAUUUGUAAGGGAAGCUUCAAAAAAUUAUGGUGCUUACCAUAUGGGUCACUUGCUUUUAGAACAUGUUGCAGUUAGGAGCCUUCCAUAUCAAGAUGCAUUUGUCAAAUUUCUGGAUUUGGAGAGACUGACAAGACAAUGGGGACAGGAUAGGACCCCUGAAUGCAGUCUUUUUCUUGCUGAACUGUAUUAUGAGCUGGGAUUUUUGCCUUCCAAUGCUUCGAAGCUGCCAGAAUUCCUGUCGGAGGCAUCUUAUCAUCUUGGCAAAAUAAUUGAAUCAGUCGCUUUGGAUUAUCCUUUUCACUCGAAUCAUUUAUCUGGGAAUGAAAUCUGCUCUUCACCGAAGAGCUUUCUAGAUAAUAAUGAAUUAUUUGCCAAGGACUCUAAUUCCCAGGAUUCAUUUUUUAAUAGUUCCUUAGUUACCAAUAAAAAUUACUUUUGGGUUCGAUACUUCUGGUUGAGUGGAAAAUUAUCUAUUUAUGAUGGCAACAAGGCAAAAGCUCAUGAAGAGUUCUGUAUUUCUUUAUCACUUUUGGCAAAGAAGGAACAAGGGAAUGAUUUUCCCUGUUCAGUUCACCUGCCACACCUGAAGAUCAAUAAAGAGUUGACUGUAAACAGGGUUCUUCAUGAAAUUAAUUUAUUAAAGGUUGAUUUCUUGCUUGAGAAGACUGUAGGGGAGAUGUUGGGCAAAGAAAUGUAUACAGAGUGCAUAAACUUGCUUGCUCCACUUCUAUUCUCUACCGAACAUGUCCACCUUGAUAUACUGCCAUCAAGUGCUUCUGAUAAGACAGGUGAAGGAUUUGCAAGCAUUGAAUUAUCUGCAAUAGAUUUAUUAAUUAAUGCAUGUGAGCAAACAAAGCCAAAGGACAAUGAAGUACAUUUGAAUUGUCACCGGCGAAAGCUGCAAAUACUCAUUCUAGCAGCUGGUAUGGAUGAAUAUAAAACUCUCUGUCAGAAGUAUGGGUUAAAUGUAUUUUCUACCUCUGAUUUCACAUUGAAAGAAAAUCCAGACAAUUACUGGAAUGACUUGGUGAUGGAGGAAGUGAAAGCAAUUUCACAAUAUGUUGCACAAUUGAAGAUGGAUCCAUCUCUUAAAUCUAAUGGUGUAAUCAUUCCAACGGACAGCAUCGGUGAUAUUCAAACCUUGCUGCUGGCUGUCAUGUGCCACAUUGCAAUAAAUUGCUUCUGUAAGAGAUCUUUGGCGCCAGCUGAUGAAACUGAACAAAAGCAAGGAUUUUGCUUUGUUGAUGCAGGCAUUGCGUUCUGCAAACUUCAACACCUUAUCCCUAGUGUCCCUGUUAAAACCCAAGUUCAGUUAAUUGUGGCAAUGCAUGACUUGCUCGCUGAGUAUGGUCUGUGCUGUGCGAGUGAGGGUGGCAAAGGGGAGGAAGGAACAUUUCUUAAAUUUGCAAUAAAGCAUCUAUUGGCACUGGAUGUGAAGCUUAAAUCCAAUUUGAACUCUUCAAACAAAGAAACGAUUCAACAUGAUAAACAAAAUUCUCCUUGUAAUCAGAACAAAACAUGCAAAAAUGAGUUAAAAUCUGACACAUUGGAUGUGGAGACGGGAGGAAUUGAAAUAGAUGAAAUGACUACAGUAGAUACUGAUGUAUUUAGACAAAUAACUUCGAAAGUCGUGCCAUGUCUUGAAGGUGCAGGGAAAGACGAUGCAGGUGUAGAAUUUGAAAAGCAAGGCAGCAAUGAGCGCAAAGGGAAAACUCACCAAUUUACUGAAUGUAGAACCGAACUUACUGAAGAUGAACGGGAAGAACUUGAGUUAAUAAUUGACAGUGCUUUGGACCAAUGCUUUUUCUGCUUAUAUGGUCUGAAUCUUAGAUCUGAUUCUUCCUAUGAAGAUGAUCUAGCCAUACAUAAAAAUACUAGCCGUGGAGAUUAUCAGACCAAGGAACAAUGUGCCGAUGUUUUUCAAUAUAUACUGCCUUAUGCAAAGGCAUCUUCUAGAACUGGAUUGGUGAAACUUCGGAGAGUAUUAAGAGCCAUAUGCAAACACUUUCCGCAACCACCAGAAGAUGUUUUGACUGGAAAUGCAAUUGAUAAGUUCUUAGAUGAUCCUGAUUUAUGUGAAGACAGACUCUCAGAGGAAGCAGGAUCUGAAGGGUAUCUUGAGACCAUAACAAAAAUAAUAUUUCCCAAUAUGGAAAGUGUCAAACAGGACAAGCCAAUGUUGGUUGCAAGCCCCGAGCAAUAUUUGGAUGUAUAUUGCAAUUUAUAUUAUUUUCUAGCUAUGUCUGAGGAAAUGAAUGCAACUGAUAAGUGGCCAGGCUUUGUACUUACCAAGGAAGGGGAAGAAUUUGUACAGCAAAAUGCAAAGCUCUUCAAAUAUGAUCUUCUGUAUAAUCCUCUACGCUUUGAGAGUUGGCAACGGCUUGCAAAUAUUUAUGAUGAGGAAGUAGACUUGUUGUUAAAUGAUGGAAGUAAGCACAUAAAUGUAGCAGGAUGGAGAAAGAAUGCUACCCUGCCUCAGAGAGUUGAGACAAGUCGAAGGAGGAGCAGGCGUUGUCUAUUAGUGAGUUUGGCGUUGGCGAAGACAUCAGCUCAACAGGUUCAUCCCUUUUCUUUAUUAUGCGUAUGGCAAAGCUUUGCAUCUUGUUGCAGAUACCUCCACAGAUAUAUUGCUUCAUUGGAGAGAAACGGCAAGCUUGAGACACUUGAAGCAAUAAAUGAGAAGAUUCGGAAGCGUUUUAAGAAUCCUAAGUUAUCAAAUAGUAACUGUGCAAAAGUCUGCAAGCAUGCGUCUGUUGCUUGGUGUAGAUCUCUUAUAAUUGGUUUAGCAUUGAUCACUCCUUUGCGACCUCGAAUCCCAAGUGAGAUUCAGGCCCUUAACCCAUCAGAUAAUUUAUCAGAAAAUAGUCAAGUCCUUUGUGUUGAUCUGCAAACAAAUGAAUUCUGGAAUUCAGCAUUUGAGGACUCCACCCAUUUGGAUAGUCUUGAAACAAAAUGGAAUCCAGUGUUGGCCAAAAUCAAGAAUGUAAUUAUACAAAGAGCUUCAGACGAAAAUUUGGAGACUGCCAAUUCUUUGCUUAGAAGCUCUUAUAAUUUCUUUCGAGAAAGUGCUUGUGUAAUGCCACCGUCCGGUCUCAACCUCUAUUUAGUGCCAACUCGGAUAUCGAUGGAAACACAACUUCAGCCUGGCUUAAAUGGGGUUGAGAUUCUUGAUCUGAGCAUUCCAAGGAAGCUUCUAUUAUGGGCUUACACACUGUUGCAUGGCCGUUAUGCAAACAUCUCCAUCGUUUUGAAACACUGUGAAGAAAAUAUUAAGUCAAAGAUGAAAAAGGGAGCUGGAACUUUAUCUAUGUCAUCAAAUGCAAGCUUAACCACUACCACUUCAGUUCAUACAGCUAUAGGUGGUGCAAAAGACAGUGCAAGUCACGGUGGAGGCAGUGAGCCAGAUAUUGUUGUGGUGGCUGCUCCGAUGUCUGCAUCAGUAUCCGCCCCGUCAUCCGAGAGUGAGAAUACACAAUUCAUGGAUCCAUCACCACCUUCCAGUGAAACCCGAAAGAGCUUUUUGGCUGCUUUGCAACUAAACCUUAAUGACACCAACCCCGUUAAAAAGGAGGGUUCUACAGCACAUGAAGGAGAUCAGUAUAGGGGCUGAGAUUAUUUUUGGCUAAAAACUGAAUAGAUUUGUUAUAGAAACAGUUUGUUGUUUUCAUUUUUGAACCAACCAAAUAGAAUUAAAGUAGGAACAAGUAUGUAACCCUUUUGAGAGUUGUACUGUUAGCACUUUGAUGCCAAAAUUGCAAACACUAAAUACUUCUGUUUUCAUGAAUUAGAAAAAUGGAAUUCUAUUCAAUAAUAAAA